AUGGACAUCAGUGCUCAGCACAAGCAAGAAUCUGAAGAACUCGAAAAGAAGAUUCAAGAGAUGCUUGCUGGAGCCAAAUCUAAAAAUGAGAGAAAAAGAAUCAAUAAAGAAGCUGAGCAAAUGAGAAAAGAAUUAUUUGAAAAAUAUCAAUCAUUAGAAGUUGAUUCCAGUAUCGCAUCAAUAGCAGAGAUGAGUAAAGCAAACGCUCCUGCUGAACAAGUUGAAGAACCAGCCGAACCACAAAAGAAAAAACGAACCAACGCAAAAGCUCAACGCGAAAAGAAAUUAAAGGCCAAAUAUCAAUUAGAAGCAGCUGCUCUUAAGGCUGCAAGUGAAAUUACACCUGGCCAAAUUGAAACAGAAAAAUUAACAAAACAAAUUGAGCCUCUUGGCUUAGUUAUUCGUCAAGUUACAGGAGAUGGCCAUUGCUUAUUCAGAGCUGUUGUUGCUGCUAUGACAGCACUCGGUAGAUCCGGCUACAAUGCUGAUUCUUACCUUGAUCUUCGAAAAAGUGCAGCCAACGAGAUCAUGUCUCAUCCAGAUCAAUAUCUUCCAUUUUCAAAUUACGGCACUGUUGAAGAACUUGAGAAGCACUGCAAGCUUAUCGAAACUACUGCAGAAUGGGGAGAUAAUCUCGAAGUUUCCGCUUUGGCUAAUGCACUUCAUGUUUCCAUUAUAGUACAUUCUGUUGGUGUUCCACCUCAGAAAUAUGGUGAAUUCGCUGCUUCUAUUAAUUUAACAUUCCACAGCACUUUUACUUCUCAUGGCGGACACUACAACGCUGCAAUUCCAAAAAUAGAAUAA